AUUCUGGCCCCGCCUCUCCCUCCAAAGGCGCGACCGUCCGUGCCUCUCUCCAAACGCGCGGCCCUCUGCCCCCAGCCCUGCAGGGAGGGCCUGCCGGGGUGCGGCUGUUCGCCCCUCCUCGCCGCUGCCUGGAGGGACCCGAGGGCUGCGGGGGCUGUCCGUCUGGGGGUUCGGGCGGCUGCAGACCUCAGAGUUCCCAGCUGGCUCCCGGCGGCAGGGGGCGGGUCCCCGAGAAAGCGCAGCGCGCGGAGCCCUCCUCGCCGGGUCCAGGUCGCUGGGCUCUGCGGCCUGCGCUGCACCCCGAGGGACCCGCAGGAGACCCCCGGGCCGCGGACGCGCUGGAGGCGGGGGCGCCACAGCUCGCGCAGCUCUGCCCGGGUUCGGGCGGCCCCGCCCCGCCAGCCGCACGGCCCGGCGCCCCCCGCCCGCCCCCGCCCCCCGCCGGCCGCGCUCGGCUGUCUCCGCGCCCGGCGCUCGGCGGCGCUCGGCUGUCUCCGGCCGCUCGCUCGGCGCUCGGGUCCGCGGCCGCUGCGGCGCCGGGCAUUUCUCCGCAGCUCGGCUCGCGGCCGCGCCCGCCGCCGCCCGGCCCGCGCCCAUGCAGGCCAUCAAGUGCGUGGUGGUCGGCGACGGCGCCGUGGGGAAGACAUGCUUGCUGAUCAGCUACACGACCAACGCCUUCCCCGGAGAGUACAUCCCCACCGUUUUUGAUAACUACUCUGCCAACGUGAUGGUGGAUGGGAAGCCAGUCAACCUGGGGCUGUGGGACACGGCGGGACAGGAGGACUACGAUCGGCUGCGGCCACUCUCCUACCCUCAAACUGACGUCUUUCUGAUCUGCUUCUCCCUGGUGAGUCCGGCCUCCUUCGAGAACGUUCGUGCCAAGUGGUACCCGGAGGUGCGGCAUCACUGCCCCCACACGCCCAUCCUCCUGGUGGGCACCAAGCUGGACCUCCGCGACGACAAGGACACCAUUGAGCGGCUGCGGGAUAAGAAGCUGGCACCCAUCACCUACCCACAGGGCCUGGCCAUGGCCCGGGAGAUCGGUGGGCUCUGUGAAAUACCUGGAGUGCUCAGCCCUGACCCAGCGGGGCCUGAAGACAGUGUUUGACGAGGCAAUCCGAGCGGUGCUCUGCCCGCCCCCAGUGAAGAAGCCGGGGAAGAAGUGCACCGUCUUCUAGAGCCCUGGCCCACCCGAGCCUGAGGGCUGGCGGGGAGCAGCCCUAGACGUGUCCGCUGUUGUGUUGAGACGUGUGGUGUCCCUGAGUCGGCUGUGGGGAGCGGUGGGGGUGGGCGGGGGGAAGCAUGGGGAUGAGGCUGGGUGGCAGGAUCCUGUCCUCUCUGCCGCCUCAUUCUGGGGUGUGGCUCCAGCCUUCCCUGGGCCCCGCCGGAGGCCGGGAGGGAGCAGGGUCUCCCUCAGGGCUGCAGGAGCAGGUGCAGGGAAGCCCCAGGAUGGGCUUCCCUGGAGGGGGAGGGCGGGGGGGAGUUACGUUCAUUGUGCCCCGAGGUGGGGCAGCCCCUUCUUAUUUUAUACAAUAAACAUUCUCCACCUACACCUCUUGCCUCUCACUACCUGCCCUUCUGUCCUGGGGCGGUUUGCUCCUAAUUCCCCCACGUGAUGGUGCAGAGCGGGUCCAUCACUCCCCAGCCGCACCUCAGAGCUGAGUUCCCAAAA